AUGAAUCUCUGACUAAUGCACGUGGGCAACCUUUUUCAGGUACUGCUGCAAGCGGCACUGGUGUGGGAGGAGGUACGAGCCGCACCAGCCAAGAGAAACGACAUCCUAGCUGGGACAGAAUUCCUUUCGGUUUUCAUAAACGGUGCAAUGGCACCGGCACCCCAACGACGACGAGGAUUCCGUCGUGGUGGUCAUACGUCAUCUUUAUCGUCAUCAUCAUCAUCAUCGUUAUCUUCCUCAUCAUCCUCAUCAUCAUCUUCUUCAUCGUCCUCUUCGUCUUCGGGAGACAGCGUCAGCUCGGAGUCCCAACACGAAGCAUCGAUUUACCGAAUUUCCAGAAAUCCCAGUGGCCGAACGAGUAGCAUUACGAAAACUCAACAUUCCGGUCGUAGUCCCGACGAAAUAGUUCGUUUUUAUCCAAUAAGCCGUGAGAAAAAUAUGAACGACAACGGCCAAGAAAAUUUGGCAUCGUUGAUCGAUGAUUUGAGCAUGGCUACGAGCUUCUCACCAAAAAUUACAAACAACGAACAAUCGUCCAGGUCUAAUAACAGUAGCACAAUCAUUAACAAUAAUAAUAGCAAUGCUAGUAAUCAUCAUAAAAUUCUAACUAGCAGGCAAAAGGUUAUAGGUGUUAGUGUAACUUCGACUGUCGAGGCUACCCCUUACAAAGUUAGAGUUGAACAUUACGAUAGUUCAGAUGCUCCUGUUGUCACAAGGCCACCUAUUAUCAUUUCAAAAACCUCCAACAAGGAUUCGGACAGGUCUACUUCUAAGACUACUUCUCGAUCAGUUACCGAAAGAUCUACUUUAUCAACACCCACGAGUACUACUACUACUACUACAAGUACUACUACUUCUACAACCGUGAUGACACCUUUGCCAGCUCGUUUGGUUACCGAAGAACUUACCAAUAUCGUUUCGGAAUCCAACAGAAGCGAAUUUUCCGUCGACGAAGGUUUACCGAGAACCAGUUGGCGUCAACACGGUUCAAUUACACCCAGAACAACAACUACCACCAAACAUAGUUCGAUUUAUGGUUCCUUUGACAAACAACGUCAACCAAUCGUAACGUCCACCACUUUAAUUACCGACGAAGAUAAUUACGAAUUAUCCGAGGAAAAUUCGGAACCACUCGAGAUACACGAGGAACCAAUGGAAAUCGAUUCCGAACAAAUUUUAACCCAACCCCAGGGUAGAAAAGUUGGCAGACAUUACGAGGGUUCACAUUUUAAUAACAGGCCAACAACGAAAUACGGACAAUCAUCUAAAAUUUCUUACAAAUCUUCGAGACAAUACAGCGAACCAUCGAAAAUCUACGGCGAACCGGAAAAAGUUUACGGUGAACCAGCCAAAAUCUAUGGCGAACCUUCCAAAGUUUACAGCGAACCCGCCAAAGUUUAUGGCGAACCGUCGAAAAUUUAUUCGGAACCGUCGAAAAUUUACUCGGAACCGGAAAAAAUCUAUGGCGAACCAUCGAAAAUUUACUCAGAACCGUCGAAAAUUUAUUCGGAACCGUCGAAAAUUUAUUCACAACCAUCGAAGAUUUAUGGCGAACCGAGUAAAGUUUAUGAUAACGAAGGACAACCGUUGAGACGCGAACAAUCAGGUGCUGUUGAACCGGAGGAAGAAAAUUACGAGCUCGACGAAUCGGUUAGCGUUGGUAGCAAUGGUAAAGCUUAUGGUCCCCAAAUGACCAUAACCGAGGCACCCCCUAAUUCGUCGGAUGUUGAGGAUGGUCACAAAGUUGGUUAUGUUGAGGAAGGUCGUAAUUAUCACAAGUAUAGGGUCGAGGAAAGAACUCCGGAUGGUUUUAUUGUUGGCGAAUAUGGGGUUGUCAGUCACGACGAUGGUUCCCUUAGAGGUGUCAGGUACACCGCUGAUGGUACCAUCGAUCCUAGAUUGAUCUACGAAGCCCUCAUGAAAUUCCUGGCUCUUUGAAUUUAAACAAUACAAUAUUUUCGAUCAAUUAAUUAAGGGGUUACAUGGGUUUACACCGGGGAAAAAAUAGCAUAUUUUCAGC